AUGUCUCAGGAGUCUGUGCUCGGCUUACAGGCCGUGGGGGAGAACGCGCUGGAGAGCAGUCGCUGGCCGAGCGAUCAGCCUUCGUCGCACGGCCACGAGCAUGACGAUAUCGAGGAGGAGGACGAGCAACCAAUGGCCGACGGUGCCGAGACGGAGCUCGAGCUUGCCGACGGCGAGGACGCGACGGUGAAGCUGACGCGCAAACCCGGCCCGCCACCCAUGAUCGACACGGAGGUCGCCAUGAGCGGGCCGUCCCCGACGUCGGUCGCAGCCGAGGCGGGCGGCGCGUCGCCGGCAGCGAGCACGCGCUCUCUGCCCACCGUCGUCGAGCCCCACCGGCCCGGGACGCCCGCCGCCCAGUCCGCCCAGGCAGCCUCGUUCUCCCAGGCUUCCCUAGAGAGCGCACGGACGCAGCUGUCCAGAAGGACAAACAACACCGACAACAACCAUAAUACUAAUAAUAAUCCGCCGCCGUCGCCGAGCAGAAGACACCUGCACACGCGCUCGAACCCAACAUCGGAACCGACGAGGUCUCCCAAUCGCCUCUCUGGAUUCUUCACAAACUUGAUACAUCGGAAUAUCGGGCCUGUACCACCCUCGCCUCUCGGCUCCACCCAAGGCGAACGCGCGGCGACCCCAGCCGAGGACUCGGCGAAUCCUUCGCGCUCAUCCUCGCCUGCGCCGCCUCCCCGGCCCGCGACACCCCCUCCCGCGCUCCCGCCACCUUCUCUCCAGGAGCUCGGCCUCUCCCUCUCCGUCCUCACCAGCGACCUCUCGCCCUCGCACUUCAGCACCCCACCAGCCUCGGGCGCUUUUCUCGCUCCUCACUACCUGCUGCUGUGUCAUGCCCAGGGUCUCGACGUCUUGCCCCUCGUUUCUCCGCCCGCACCCCAGCCUUAUGCCCUCAUUCGCCGUGUGCCUUUCAAAAGUGUCGUGGUCAUGGAGCACCGAGGCGUAUUGGUGGCCAUCGCCGGCCGACGUGAUGGCGUUCGCGUGUACGCACUGGACGAAGUCAAAAAGGCCGUUGAGUGGCGCCUAGACGUCGAGAUUCGCCGUGAGAAGGAUAGGCAACGCCGUGAGGAGCUCAAGCGCGGCGUCCCGCCCCGCGAGAGCACCGACAAACGCUCAGAGGUGUCCGCCUCAGCGUCAAAUCCGUCAAAUGCCCGAAUGCGCCGCGCAUCGUCUAUGAUUGCGCCUCCACGUGCGCCUGGCAAAAAGUCCAAGAGCCAUACUACCCCGCCUGCACUUGUACCAUCACGACCAGCCACACCGCCAGCACUCGCAGCGCCACCCUCAAUACCCCCCAUACCUAAUACUAUAGUAUCCCGUCCGCCGUCGUACCGCUCUCCAUCGCCUCCACCCACCCGCCUCGAACCACCAGCACCUGCGAUCUCUAUCGGUGCGCGUCGGUCAUCCGUCACGAACGCGCUUGGAGGGCUCGCACGAUCGAGUAGACCGAGCGAAGACCUAACGCGAACUGCUUCUGAGAAGGCCGAAUGGCUCGAGGGCAGCGACGAGGAGGAGGCUAUCAACGUCAUGACUGCUGGACCGUCUGGCAGUCAGGCUCUAGACGAGCGCACCAGCGCGAUGGCGGCAGCUUCAAGUCCGACGAUGUCCAAUAGCGUGCUUGCUACACCUCGCCCUAGCGCGUCAUCGUUGUCACCUACGGCCAGCGCAACUCUGACGCCCACUCAAGGUCGUCGCCGCCCACCAGACCUACAGCUCGAUGAGGCGCAACGCUCUCCGGGCCGUCCAGCGCCUCCAUCGCCUACACCAACCCUACUCACACUACAGCAGGCCCUCAUGGCAUCUCCGCUCCCAGCGCGAGGGCCCCUCGCGCGUCCGAUAGAUGGUGAGCCGAGCGACGGCGAUGACGAUGGCGACGCCCCGGGUUCGCGUACGCCUACCAACGAUCGGCUAACUUUGGCCGACAUGCUCAUGGAGAGUCGCAUACCGGACUUGCCGCCACCCGGAACACGAGUCGCGCAAGAGGCAAUGAUGCUUACUCAUUCGCACCCCCUCGCGUCCGGCGACGACGAUAGCAGUGCACCGGGAAGCCCCACGGCGAGCGCGCAAUCGAUACAUACAGCGCGCUCGCGUGCGAGCCAGGAUACGCAACGUAGCGCGGGAACGAGUACAAACGCGAAUGCACGCAGACGGAGACGUUGGUCAGUUCUCGACGGGAUCUUUACCACCAGCCCGACGCAGGCCGGGUCAGCAUCUGCAGAACAAGUGGCGUCUCCGCUUGCUGCGGAUGCGCCGCCACUCCCCUCCUCUCCAUCCGCCCCAGCUGCACCGCCGCAAAGACCCAGCACAGCAAACAGUACCAAUGGUGUACCACGGGAACGAAGGACGGGUGUGCUACAACGUGCGCACUCAAGUUCACGCCGUCCAUCGUCGGCUGGCGGGCGCUCCGCUUCGGCGUCUAUCGGCGGGCGCUCGACUACAUCCGGUGGCGGGCGCUCGGCGUCUGUGUCGGCUGCUGUGAGUUUGCGGCCUUCAACAGCCGGCGGUACAACGGGUUCCGGCUCCGAAGUACCCCCCGUACCGACGCCCCCUACUCGCUUCCUGUCACGCUUGCUUGGGGGCGCAUUCCAUGGUUCAAGGAGGUCGGAAGAUAGUGGGGUUGAUGGUGCUACGGCUGAGGACAGGCAUAAGAGUGAACGCAAGGCGGGCUCAAUCACGGCGACGCAGGCCCCUGCACCUAAACUUGAGUACGUGAAGCUGCCUGGGACCAAGGGCGCCCUGCUCAUCAAAGCUGUCGAAACAAAUAAGAAGAGCUUCCUCGCGAUCCUCUGUGGUGACAAUGGCGAGAAGGUCGAGCUCUUCGCGGGCACGUAUCGCACUGCACUUGGCCUCAGCCGGACGUUCAUUCUCCCGGACUCGCCGCGGUCUCUCGAGUUGCAGCUUCAGGGUGACGAUCUCGUUGAGGUCUUCCUUGUCUUCGCUCAGAAUGUCUUUGGACUCGAACCGGCCACCGUACGCGUCCGUGAGGUACGCAUUGGCCGCGCGGAGCGUCGCGCUGCACGCAGGCGCGCUCGCGAGUUGCGUGACGCUGGAGCUGCCACGGGAGAGGACGGUGGCGCACAGGACGACACGACCAGUGCACCCCUCGAGGAGACAACGACAACAACUGUUUCCGUCUCUGUUGGCGUUGCAGCAGACGCGACCGCGUCUGGGACUGGCACGCCAGGUGCCGCUACCACUGCCGCUCCAACAGCAGGAGCCGCCCAGGAUGAGAUGCUCGCAGUAGCAGCGGCACAGAUGGGGCCUUACACGACUUUUCAACAGUUGCCUUUCAGCCCGCACUUCCCGCUCGCCGCGAUCGCUGACGAGUAUGUCAUUCCGCCGACAUAUCCAGACUUCAUCGAGUACCGCGCCACACAUGAACCGGAGGAUGGCAGCGACGGCCAGUCGCCUAGUUCGGAGAGUACAGCGUUCUCGCCACCUGGACUGCCUCUCCCAACACCAUCGGGCCCCAGCAGUUGGUUCUACAGGGAUCCGAAGGGCAACAUUCAUGGUCCUUGGAACGCGGGACAGAUGCAAACGUGGUAUCGUGAAGGUCUUCUCCCCCUCGAUCUACCGGUACGCCGGGAGGAGGAUGAGGAGUACGUGCUGCUUCGUGACCUCAGGCAGCAAUGCAUCGAUCCCACAUACCCUUUCCGAGGCGCGCCUCCAGCGCGAGUCAUUGAGGUCCCUGGUGCUCCUGGAUCGGGCCCUCUGCCAGCAUUGGAUCCCACCAAACCUCUGCUGCAGCCUCUCUCGUUGCUAACGCAGAGCAGGAUCUUUGGGCCUCCCGCCCUCUUCUAUUCCACUCGUGGAGGACACAGUACUGUCAUCGUGGAUGGGCGUGGACGCAGCGUUCUUAAAGGUCGUUUUCUAUGGUCGCGUGAUCCCGGCCUGGAGGAUGCCUCUCUUCCUCUGCCGCCCUUGCCUGGAUCUGGGCGGCUCGGCGAUGUCAAGCGUCUCGAGGCGUUUGAUAUUGACUCGUCACAUAGCGUACUGGUUGCGCUGCGUCAAGGCGGAUUUGAGGCCGUUGACUUUGAAGACGCUCUCCUCCGCCCCGCAGAUGCGAGCCGCCAUUUGCUGCCUCAGUUUGCGACAACACCGAGCCAGGUCAACCGCAGAGCGCCAUUUACGUGGAAGAUCGGGAUGCCCGUCGGCACUGCUACCAGUAGCGCGACCAGCCUCGCCCCGCUCAAGGGUCCGAGCAGACUGCUCCAUGCACCCGUCAAGAAGCUGAGCACCGGCCCUGGAAAGAGCCCAAGCGCACGCACCGAGUUCGGCUCGGGGACGAUCCCAGAUGGCGAGAGCGAACACACACGCGAUGAAGUUAUCUUUCUCGGUAGGAGGGAUGAUGACGUGUAUAUAUGCGAGCGCAAUGGCGGCGCGUUCCGCAUCCUUCGCCUUUCGCCCGCUCAGGCCGCAGCACGUGCGGCAUAG